AUAUGUUUUCAAUAUAUUCAACCUUUGCGUCGAUUAUUCAUUAGUUUGUAUUUUUACCUGAAGUGUUGUUCUCGACACACUACAGUAUUAAUUUACUCUCGUGUUUUAAGUGAGGAGUAUUUAACAAAAUGCAAUCUGAAACUGAAAUGAAAGAGAGAGGUGCGCCGCCACCAUACUCCGACAUCCCUCAAAAUCCAGCACCACAAGUAUUUUCACAACCAGUUCCACAAGGAUUUCCACAACCAGUCAUAGUAGGAACGGCGGUUGCUUACCCUGGUGCUACCGUGGUACCAGCAGGAACUACCACCAUGGUGAUAGGGAAUCAAAUGGGUUCAUCACCGGCGGUAUACAUAUGUAAAUCGUGCAAUAGUCAAAUCAUAACGAGGGUGGAAAGGAAGCCUUCACUCAGAACACAUUUGUUCGCUCUCUUGUUGUGUGUUGUUGGGUGCUGGCCACUGGUGUGUUUACCUUACUGCGUGGAUACGUGCAAUAAUGCUGACCAUUUUUGUCCUAGUUGUAACGCCUACCUCGGAUCUUAUUUAGGCUAACGAUUUGCCAAAUGUUUAGUUUGCCAAAGGUUAGGUAUCAAUUAACCUAAUUCAAAUAGACAAAGUUUUAAGCGAUGUUUUAUUAGUAACAUCACUGUUACUAAAUAUAAAUAUAUUUGAACUGAACUACUGUUUGGUCAAGCUUAGAACAUUACUGUGAAAUUCCACUGUCAUAUUGUAACCUUUAUUUAUUUCGAAUAGAAUGAAAAAGAUGGCAACAUAAUAUUGUAACAAUAUUUCGACAAUCGAAACCCAUUGUAAAAUUUAAUUUACUGUGGUGAUUCUAGGAAUCUGAGGCUGUAUCACGACUGAUUUGCGUUAUGCGUUUUCGUAACGACAUCAACAAAAAAUUACAAAUUUUUUAUACGAUAUGUUGUUAGAUUUCCCGAACGAUCUCUCGCAAAGUUUCGUGCUUGGCGCCUUUCAAAUUAGAAAGAGUAAUAAUAUGAUUUAUUCUAAUUUUGCUUGUGUUGUUUUAGAUAAGGGCUUAAUUUUUUGCUCAUUCUUGAGUCAGUAAAUUUUGUGUAAAAUGUGGCACUGUAAGCUUUGUGUAUGAUAACAUAGUAAUGCGAAAAACGAUGGUCAUUUUUUUAUCUGGUACGUCGCAGUGCUUUGGAUAAAAUUAUGUUACCAGGCGUUGUGUUUUUUCUAAGCAAUAUCAGAGUAAAUGAAUUUAUAAUAUUUAUUCAGUAAAGGCAGGCAAUGCAUUUGUGGUUCCUCUAAUGGUCCAUGGGUGUUGGAUCAAUUAAUGUUAGGCCGUUGUUCGUUCACCACCUUAUCCUAUAUAAAAGUUAAGGACAACAAAUAAUUGUAAAAUUGU